AUGAAGAAAAAAGUUUCUUCCUCAAAAACUUCAUCAUCGAACUCUUCAUCCUCGUUAGCAACCCAUAAAAAGAAGAAGAAGGAUGAAGAAAUAAUGAUUGCGUUGAAAAAGAGAAAACAUGAACAAUUGGAACGAGAGGAAGAAGAAAAGGCUUCAAUUAUCUCUCAGGAGGAAAAUCAUCAGAAUGAUGAUGAACAAGAAGGAGUCUCCUAUCAUGAAGAGGGGGAGCAGGAGGAUGACUCUGAACAACCACAAACUCUCAUGGACGAAUCGGAACAAGAGAAAGAUACUUUUGAGAGUCGGAACAAGAAAAAGAAAGUAUCGGAAGAGAAUCGUCAUCAACAAAAACAUUCCUUCUUGGUGGAUGCGUUGAAUGUAACGAAAAACAUUCAUAUUUCUCCCAUCAAGAGACUUUGUUUGAAUCCUGGACAGACCAUGUUAGCAGUUGCUCGAUUUAAUAGUGAAAUUGAAAUUUGGUCUCUUGAUAACUCUGUUUUCAAUCGAGGAACAAGUAAUAGUUCUGAAAAAACGAGAAACAUGACUCCGAGCGAGAAUUGCGCUCUUAUUAAAAGAAUUCCAGGAAAGAUUGGCACUACUGUGGAAGCGAUGAUUUGGACAAAGAAUAAUCAAUUAUUUACUGCUGGUUUGCAUGGUAUGAUUACUGAAUGGGAUUUGGAGAAGCAAAUUCCAAAGAGAAUUUCGACAGCUGUUCUUGGAGGCGCCAUAUGGGCCAUGGAUUAUUGUGAGGAAAAGAAUCUUAUUGCAAUUGCUUGUGAGGAUGGAGCUGUUAGGCUCAUUCAGGAAGAAGAUUUGAGCCUCAAGUUCUUUUUGGCUCCAGCUCGAACCAAUGAACCACCAAGUGGUAAAAAGUAUGCACACUGUCAGAAUAGUCACAGAAUGUUGACAACAAAGUUCAUUGAUAAUGGAAAUAAGAUUCUAGUUGGUGGUAUGACUGGAGUGUUCUGUUUCGAUUUGAACAAGAGAACUCUGAUCUAUAAGAUUAAUUUAAAGAAUUCUUUUUGCUGGUGUAUGGAAAUUCUCAACGAUAGAAUGAUUGUUGUUGGAGAUUCAGAAGGAAAUAUUCACUUUUGUGACUAUGUUCUAGGAGCUAUUGUUAACUCCAUCAAGGGACACACUGGAGACGUUUUGAAGAUCUGUAUUGAAAAACCUGGAAUUAUUUAUUCGACUGGAGUGGAUGGUAGCAUUGCUAUGUAUAAGGAAGUUGGAAAGAAAUACGUUUUUGUGAUUCGAAAAAGACCAUCUCUCCAUGAUUUGUGUGACAUUAUUUAUUGUGAAAAAGAAAAGACACUUUACUUUGGUGGGCUCAACAGUGCCAUUUUGAGAAUGAAGACGGAAAUAUUUUACAGACAACAAGAUUUGAAAGACAAAAUCUUUGACAGACUCAGGAUUAAGCCAAAUAGAGAUGUUUUGAAAGUGGCUCACGAAAGAAGAGUUGCUCUCUUCGACAACAUGGCAAAUACUCUUACCCUCUUACAUUUACCAGAACCAACAGUUGAAUAUAGACGUGUGAGUUUGGAUGAACCUGCAUCUAUACUCAUGCAGUUAAAAGUGAAGAGUAAGGGAAAUUGGUACAGCUCUAGGUCAGAAAUUUCACCAAAUGGUAAAUACAUCUGUGUGAGCUCUAUUGAUUCCACCUAUUUAAUCAAGCUAAAAUACGAAGAGUCCUCCCAUGCUGUCACAUUAGAAAAGAAGCUCAAUUUAUCUGAGCCUGAGUAUGGUAUUACGCCUGGCCACUAUGCUGCUUUUGCUGGAAAUCAAUAUGUGGUCGUUGUUGCCAGAGAUUGUUCCACCAUGCAAAUUUUUGAUGUUGAGAAUGAAACGCUCAUUUCAUCGGUUCAACUCUCCACCAAGAUUGACACAAAUUUAGAAAGAUCUGACUCACCUUUUGCCCUAUUUUCGAACUCCAUUAACGGUCUAAUUGCCAACGAAAAGUAUAUAGUAGUUUCUAAAGGAAAUGUCUUCAUGACCUAUCGAGUGGAAGAUUUAUCUUCACAAAAGAAUAAGGUGCACUUUGAAGUAGAAUUGCCAACUCAUAACGGAUUCUUAUACAAGUUGGACUUUCUUGAUAGAUGCAACUCCAAAUGCUCUUCGUUCUAUUCUCUCACUUCUCCCAAUACUAUUACCGUAUUUGAAGCUGACAGACGUCGUACCAUGGUGUCUCCUCUUAACUUUCCCUCGGAAAAAUUGAAUCAGUCCACCAUUACUUCAAUCCAUCAAAUAUCUCCAGACCACUUCUUUAUCACAUCCCUUAAUCGAUGUUUUAUUAUGAAUACUAACACUUAUCAAAUCAAAGAUUACGUGUUAUCGAGCAGAAAAGGUAAAUCUGAAGAUAUGGUGGGUUUUGCACAUGUGAACACCGAUGAAUUAUUGAUGGCUUGCUUUGAUUACAAAAUUCAUACGGAGGAAUUGUUGCCACCUGUGAUUGACAGAAAGCGUUUCGGUACUUAA